ACAAUGUGUGUGUGUGAGAGAGAGAGAGAGAGAGUGGGGGCUGCAAGAAGACAGGAACUUGUGAGUUUUGACAUUUCUCUCUUCACUCCCUCUCUCCCUCUGAAGGCAUUUUGCUUUUUCUCACUGCCCUGAAGGAAUGAAUUUUGUCUGGGCUCACGGCAAAUUGGCCAUGCUGCUCAUUCCUCUUCUCCUGCUUCUCGUUCUUGAGCUUCACCAAGCAAAUGCAGGGAGCUGUAAUUUCUUCCAAGGAAGUUGGGUCCCUGAUUCUUCCUAUCCUCUCUAUAACUACACAGCAUGUCCAUUCAUACAGAAAGAAUUCAACUGCUUGAAGAACGGCAGGCCCGACCAAAUGUACCUUAAAUACCGGUGGCAACCCCUGGACUGCCAAUUAGCAAGAUUUGAUGGUCGUGAGUUCAUGCAGAAAUUCAAGGGGAAAAGCGUCAUGUUUGUCGGUGAUUCAUUGAGCCUAAACCAGUGGCAAUCACUAAUUUGCAUGCUUUACACCUCCGUCGGUAGGACAAAGUACAAUGAAACCAGAGUAGGAGACGUCUCCAUUUUCACAUUCAUGGAUUUUGGAGUAAAAAUUAUGCUAGACAGAAAUGUGUACCUGGUAGAUGUUGUGAUGGAAAAAACUGGCAGGAUACUAAACCUAGAUUCAAUUGAGGGUGGAAAGCUGUGGAAAGGCUUAGACGUAAUAAUCUUUAACACAUGGCAUUGGUGGAACCGUAGAGGUGAAGGACAACCAUGGGAUUACAUUCGAGUUGGAAAUCAGACAUUCAAAGACAUGGAUCGGAUGGUUGCCUUCGAGAUGGCACUCAAUACUUGGGCUAAGUGGGUGGAUGACAAUAUUGAUCCUGCCAAAACUACUGUUUUCUUCCAAGGAAUUUCUCCCUCACACUACAAUGGAACUGAUUGGAAUGAACCGACGGCCAAAAGUUGCGUAAGACAGAAAGAGCCGGUGGUGGGCUCAAGAUAUCCAGCAGGACAACCACCAGCUCUAACAGUGCUAAAGAGAGUACUCAACACAAUAAAGAAGCCAGUGAAAUUGCUGGAUAUUACAAACCUUUCGCUGCUGCGAAAAGAUGGACAUCCUUCUAUUUAUGGGCUUGGCGCAGCCACUGGGGGAAUGGACUGCAGCCACUGGUGUCUUCCUGGAGUUCCUGAUACCUGGAAUCUGCUACUCUACAAUCUUCUUAUUCUUUGAUUACUUCAGUAGCCAUUAGCCAUUUUUAUAUCAUAUCAUUCUUACUACAAUAAAUUUGGACUAAAAAUUAAUAGUAGAAAUACAAGUUUGAUUGAACAUGAUCAUGCAAGAACGUCUAUGUAAUGUUGCUAUUCUAUGCAAACAUACAGUAUAUUUCAUGGAGAAGUAGAACUAGUUUUUUAGUUGAAUUGAUUGAGUCACAUUUGGAUAA